GUUGGAUAGAGUGGAGAUUUAUUUUCACUUGACUUCGGAACUCGUCGGAACUUACGGUGUGGAAAACUUCGUUGAUGACUAAAUUUCAAAAAAUUGGAUAUAGUGUUUCGAUCUUUCAGCAAAUAUCCAGUCGGUGCGACAAUGACUUCAUGACCUCAGCAACUUGCACAUGCAGAAGCAACUUGUAACUUGCUGCUAAAGCUGGAAAUCAUAGGCCUCUGCGUUAUUUGUGCGUCGAGCUAAGGCAACGUCAAGAUGCAGGUUCGUCGUCGCAUCAAGUCAUCAAUAUCUCCUUUGCUUCUUCUGUUCCUUUUUGUUCCACCAACAGUUCUUUCACAACAAGACCUGGAAGAUGAAAAUUUCGAGGUUUUCGAAGAUCAAAUGACAGAAAAAUUCAACCAUCUGACAGUUCACGAUUACACUGAAAAAGUGUACAUCGGUGCAGUAAAUCGCAUUUACCAAUUAUCACGUGAUCUCAAAGUGGAGGCUAUUGCAGUGAUGGGACCCCAAGAGGACAGUCCAAAAUGUCCCGUCACCAGAAUUUGUCCCAACGAAGCUAAACGGCCAACUGAGUAUUAUAAUAAAGCUCUGGUCAUUGAUUACCCUCAGAGUCGGUUGAUUGCUUGUGGGAGUCUCUUUCAAGGUAUUUGUACAGUACACAAUCUUAACGAUGUAACGAAUUUCGUAACUCCAGCUAACGAAUCUGUUGUGGCCAAUAACUCAACAGCUUCCACAGUGGCCUUCAUUGCCCAAGGACCGAAGAGCUUACCUCGCAUGCAUGUGCUGUACGUAGGAGUGUCAUAUACAGGAAAUGGGCCAUACCGUUCUGAUGUACCAGCAGUUAGCAGUCGAAGUCUUGAUCCGAAUAAUAUGUUUGCCAUUGCUCAUACCGGUGUGACUACGGGCACAAAAGUCAUGGUUAACAGUAUGUCUCGAGAAAUAUAUCCUAUUACCUAUGUUUAUGGUUUCAGUUCAAAAGGAUUUUCUUAUUUUGUGACGGUACAAAAAAAGUUUACGGAUCCUCCAAAACCUUUCAUAUCCAAAUUGGUUCGAAUAUGUCAUGAAGACGUUCAUUAUUAUUCAUACACUGAAGUUCCAUUGGUGUGUCGAGCACCUGAUGGUACAGAUUAUAAUUUAGCGCAAGCUGCUUAUGUUGGAAGACCGGGAUCAGAGCUCGCAGUCUCUUUAGGCAUUGCUGCUCAAGAUGAUGUCUUAUUUGCUGUAUUUGCUAAAUCAAAGGAUGAAUCGGACAUAUACAACAAGCCCAGCCCAAAUUCUGCACUCUGCGUAUAUGCUCUCUCGGCUGUUCACAGAAAAUUUACGCAGAAUAUACAGCAUUGUUUCAAUGGAUUUGGAGAUAGAGGCUUAGAUUUUAUCAACCCAAGUCAAAACUGCAUGGUUACGCAAGUUCAAAUCAACGAUGACUUCUGCGGCAUGGAUGUGAACACGCCACUGGGGGGCAGCAUGCCCAUAGAGGCCACUCCUGUGCUGACUUAUUCGGGACUGCUCUUGACCUCUGUAGCAGCUACUUCCACUCAUGAUUACACAGUGGCUUUCAUGGGUACGGCAACCGGCCACUUGAAAAAGGCUGUUGUUGAAUCAGUUACCAGCGCCUUUGAAUAUAGUGAUUUACAGAUUGAUGAAGGCAAAUCUGUCAGCCCUGAUAUGUUGUUUGAUAAGAACAAAGAAUUUCUUUAUGUAAUGACUGAACGUAGGGUGACGAUGGUCAAAGUGCAAGAGUGUCUAGUCUACAAAACUUGCAGUGAAUGCUUAGAGGCUCAAGAUCCGUACUGUGGUUGGUGCUCUCUGGAAAACAAAUGUAGUUUAAGAAGUGAUUGUGCAGAAGCUGCGCAAGAUCCUCUUUACUGGUUAUCUUACAAAAGUGGCAAAUGUACAACCAUAACAAGUGUGCAUCCACCUCAGAUCCAAAGGACAACGGCUAGAAUAUUGAACUUAGUGAUAGACAAUUUGCCAGUCUUGGAAGGCCAGUUCUUUUGCGCAUUCACAGCUCUGGGAAAAACUCUGGUUACAAAUGCAUCUCGCUCAGCAAAUGGAGUUAGUUGCGCUACUCCUCAUACAGAUUCGCUGCCACCAAUACCUCCUACUCAGCAUCAUUUCACUGCUAAAUUAUCUGUAAGAAUGAAAAUUGGACCUGAUUUUGUUGCAACAAACUUUACCUUCUAUGAUUGCAGCACAUACACUUCGUAAGUAUUACCAUGUACACAAUGUGUCUCCAGUCCUUUCCCGUGCGAUUGGUGCGUUGGAGGACAUCGAUGCACUCAUGACACAGGAGAGAACUGUCGUAAUGACAUACUAGUAACGGGUAUUUCUAGCAUUGGUCCUAGUAUACGAUCGGGGCCAGGCUUUUGUCCUAGAAUAAAUACAACAACAGGUGGAUCCAUAGAAAUAUUAGUCCCAUCAGGAAUUAGUAAACGCAUUCAAGUUAAAGUUGACAAUAUACAGCCUAUAAUUGCAUCCACAAGGUUUGUUUGCCAAUUCAACAUAGAAGGGCGAGUUAGGCAAGUUCAUGCGCAGCUUUUGGGUGAUACGAUAUACUGUGAUCCUAUGGUGUUUGCUUAUGGUACUCAAGCUCCUAACAUUACAACUGCUUUUGCUGUUAUAUGGGAUGGGAGUAAGCCACUAGAUAAUCCAGAAAAUAUUCAUGUUUUAGUCUAUCGGUGCCAAGGAAUGGCUCAAAACUGUGGAAUCUGCCUAGAACUUCCUGAUAAAUAUGCAUGCGGUUGGUGCCAAGAUCCUCCAUCUUCUUGUCAAGUACAUGAACAGUGCAGUGCUGAUCCUACACAGUGGUUAGAUCAUAGUCAAACCUGUCCAGAUCCUAAAAUAACAAGGUUCUAUCCUGAAUCUGGACCUUGGGAAGGUGGAACUAAUAUAACAAUUGAAGGAAUAAAUCUCGGAAGGGUGUUUGAAGACGUUGCUGGUGGUGUUAAAGUUGUUUAUGAUGCUGAUGGUCGAACAAUUGCUGAAUGUUUACCGCACAAAGAAAAUUACAGAAAAACCAGCAAAAUUGUAUGUCAAGUUGAAAGCCCACGCAAUCUCACUACUGGUCUUGGUAGAGGUUCUAUAGCUGGCCCGAUUGUAGUCAAAGUCCAAAAUGAUUACAUUGCUAGAUCUAAGAAGCACUACUCAUUUGUGAAUCCACGAAUAACAUCUGUUGAACCAAGUAAAGGUCCAAAGUCUGGUGGGACUCGACUGAGAAUUUGGGGCUUGCACAUGGAUGCUGGUAGCAGAGCUGAAGCAUUUGUUGAUGGCUUGGAAUGUAAAGUCACUGGGAGAAGGCGAAAUUGUGUUGAGUGUACAACAUCAGCAUCUAAAGAAAAAGGUCCUGGGAAAGUCAGAGUUAAGUUUGAUAAUGGGCUUCGAAUAUUUGAGGAUUAUAACUUUCUUUAUGUUGAUGAUCCAGUUAUUUUACAUGUAGAAUCUGGGUCUGGACAACGUGGUACAUCGAAAGGCAUUCCAAGUGGUGGCAUCAGCAUAACAGUUCAUGGCACAAAUUUAAAUGCUGUCCAGGAACCUAUGAUGUAUGUUAUGGUUGACAAUCAAGAAUAUACUAGUCAAUGUAAAGCCGAAUCUGCCACUGAAAUGAAGUGCCGAAGUCCAGCUGUUCCACCAUCAAAGUUGGACUUCUCGGGAGAGGAAGCUAUAGAGCUAGAUUUUGGUUUUUUAAUGGAUAAUGUUGACAAAGUGAAAAAUUUAAGUGAAAGACCUGGCUUUCCUAAGUUUUAUAUGUACCCUGAUCCUCUUUAUUACAAGUUUACUGAAGAGAAUCAGAUUAAGUACUACAAGAGUGACUACUUGACAAUCAAUGGUCAAAAUCUGGAUCGUGCAUCACAAGAAUCUGAUGUUAUUGUUCGUAUUGGAACAAGCUAUUGCAACGUAACAUCACUUUCAAGAUCUCAACUGACAUGUCGUCCACCAACUUCUCAGCCCCAUGCACGAGAUUUUGCUGGCUUUCCAAUCCCUGGACAGUUACCAGAAGUUGUGGUGGAAGUGGGAGAUAUUUUGAAAUUUCCAAUUGGAAAGCUUAGCUAUGAACUUCCAUCCUCUCAUGAUAGUGCCUUAUCCAAACCAGUCAUAAUUGGUGUCAUAGUAGGAGGAUGCAUUCUUGUGAUAAUUGUCAUCAUAAUUCUAAUUGCUUAUCGCCAAAAAUCCACUGAAAGUAGUCGUGUGUUGAAAAAUAUGCAAGAGCAGAUGGAUGUUCUUGAACUUCGUGUAGCUAGUGAAUGUAAAGAAGCAUUUGCUGAGUUACAGACUGAAAUGACAGAUUUAACGAGUGAUCUGACUGCUGGUGGAAUCCCAUUUUUAGAUUACCAAAGUUAUGCUAUGAAAGUACUUUUCCCUAAUUCAGAUGACCACCCAGUUCUUCGAGAAAUGCAGCUUGAUCCUUUGAAGAAACCAUACAUUGAGAAAGGGCUGCGUCUGUAUGGUCAAUUAAUUAUGAACAAAAUUUUCUUGUUACUUUUCAUACGAACACUGGAAUCCAAUCGCUAUUUUUCUAUGAGAGAUAGAGUCAACGUUGCAUCUUUGAUCAUGGUUACACUACAAGGCAAAAUGGAGUAUUGUACAGACAUUUUGAAAACUCUAUUAGCUGAGUUAAUUGAAAAAUGUAUUGAAGGGAAGAGCCAUCCAAAACUUCUAUUAAGAAGGACAGAAUCAGUAGCAGAAAAGAUGCUAUCUUCAUGGUUUACUUUUUUGCUGUAUAAAUUUUUAAGGGAAUGUGCAGGUGAUCCCCUUUUUAUGCUAUAUCGAGCAAUUAAACAGCAAGUUGAUAAGGGACCAGUGGAUGCAAUUACUAGUGAAGCAAGGUAUUCAUUGUCAGAAGAAAAAUUGAUACGACAGUCUAUUGAAUACAAAAGCAUGACUGUGUAUGUGUCAAUGUCGUUGCAAACGCAAUAUGUAUCUGGACUUGAACCCCCGGGAGAAAACAUUGAAACACCUGUGAAAGUUUUAUGCUGUGAUACUAUUCUACAAGUUAAAGAAAAAUCAUUAGAUACCAUAUACAAAAGCACCCCAUUUACACAGAGGCCUAGCAAAGAGGAUUUAGAUUUAGAAUGGAGAACUGGAACGUCUGGUCGUUUAACUUUAUCAGAUGAAGAUGCAACAACAAAACAAGAUGGAGAGUGGAAAAGGCUCAAUACACUUGCUCAUUAUAAGGUUCCAGAUGGUGCUCUGUUGACUCUGGUGCCAAAGCAGUCGUCCAUGUAUAAUCUCUCCAUCAUGACUGACAAAGUUGAUAGGCAUAAAUAUGAAACAUUGAAUUUCUCAUUGAAGACCAGUCCAACACUUAGUAGAGCAACAUCACCCCUAAAUCAUGAUCCAGAAUCUGGUUACAAGUACUGGCAUUUAGUUAAACAUCAUGAUGCUGAAACAAACAAAGAAGGUGAAAGGGGGAACAAGAUGGUUUCUGAAAUAUAUUUAACUCGUCUUUUAGCAACAAAGGGUACUUUGCAAAAAUUUGUGGAUGAUUUGUUUGAAACAAUAUUUUCAACUGCACAUAGAGGUAGUGCACUUCCCCUUGCCAUUAAAUAUAUGUUUGACUUCCUCGAUGAUCAAGCUUUAAAUCAUGCAAUUUCAGACCCAGAAGUUGUUCAUACGUGGAAAUCCAACAGUUUACCAUUAAGGUUUUGGGUGAAUCUUAUUAAAAAUCCCAAUUUUGUGUUUGAUAUAUACAAGACAAAUAUUGUGGACUCUUGUCUUUCUGUGGUAGCCCAAACAUUUAUGGAUGCUUGUUCAACUUCUGAACAUAGGUUAGGAAAAGAUUCUCCCAGUAGUAAACUUCUUUAUGCCAAAGAUAUACCUAUUUAUAAAGACUGGGUAGAAAGAUAUUAUCAAGACAUACAACUGAUGCCAGCAAUAAGUGAUCAAGACAUGAAUGCCAUGCUUGCAGAAGAAUCUAGGCUUCAUGCACAUGAGUUCAAUACGAAUGUAGCCUUGUAUGAACUCUACAGUUAUGCAGUUAAAUAUAAUGAUCAGUUGAUGCAAACUUUAGAAGAGGAUGAAUUUUCACGAAAGAACAAAUUGGCCUUGAAAUUAGAGCAAGUACAUGCAAUAAUGAGUGGAGAGUCAGAAGCAUGACAGUAUUAUUGGCAAUCUGUGGACGUGUGACAUCAUUAAUGUCCCAGUGUGCUUUGUCAAACCUUCACCGAUUGCCACGGCUCGGUUUAAAGGACUUGCUGCCACUUGUUGGGAUCAUCCAUUCUAUGCAAAUAAGGAUGCCCUCUGAGGGGCGAUUGGGUGCAAUUCAUCCGUUGCCCUCAGUUCCUAGACAGCAACGAAACUUCUUGAUGAACGAAAGAAUCUUUUAGAUACUGAAGAUAAAUUGUGUGCAGGACUUCAAGAAAUUCAAUUCUUCAUGACAUUAAUGCCAGCCUGCUUUCGGAUGCAAUGUGAAAAUAAGUAGAAUCAAAUUUAUUUCAUAAAAUGCUGGCACCUAGUGAGCUGAGCCCAUGCUCAUUAUGUUAAUUUUGGUGCCAAACAGUGGCAAGAUAUUUUCCAUUUUGUUUUAUAGUUGGCCCUUCUUAUGGAUGCACCUAGUCUUUUACUAUUGUUCAUCCCCUCUUUGCAUCCCCCUGCUGAAUAAUUUCAUUGUCUCAUGAUCAAAUGUUCACCAAUUGCAUGUGCAACUUCCAGUGCCUUUGUAAUGCAUGCUUCUGAGUUAUUUUAAAAAUUUAGAAGGCAUUCCAGUUUUACCCUUAGUAGCCUUGACCUUGAGUCUUCCACUUUGUGUUCCUUGUCUAAGAACAAAAACUUGUUUAUUUGUCUCAUUGUUUACGGGGCCUUUUGUGAAUUAGUACGAUGUUCGAAAUGUCUUACUGAACUUCAAACCAAUGAAAAAUGAAACGAGGCAAUAUGUAGAAAACACUAUAUAUAUAUAUAUAU